GAAAAGGGGUGCCGGAGACGUAAAGCUUGUGCAACAUGGCGACUCUCCGAAGAGACUACGGAGAGUGGAGAUACAACCGCUUUUAAACCAGAAAAUCCAUAUAUUUGUGCCUUGUACAAUGUGGCGGGUUUAGCCCAAGCUACGACAUCUACAACAUUGUAAACGAUGUUUGCAGAGGCCAGUCUGUCUGUGUGGGGAUGGGGGGGUCUAGGAGUGGUGCUGUUCCUCAUCACUUUUGGACCCUUCGCUAUCUUCUACCUGGCCUUCUAUAUCUGCUGCGUUGUAGGCGGUGGUUUUGCGGUCACUCUGUUGUUUGGGAAGACCAACUCAGAGAGACAUCUUGAGAAGUGUGAGCACUCCUACCUGCCAGCCACGCAAACGGGUAUACUGAAGACGUUGGAUGAGAUGAGGUUGGAGCAGAAGCCUAUAAAGAUAGACAGGAGACUGACUGGCUCCAACUACAUAGACGAGCCUCUGCAACAGGUCAUCCAGUUUGCAUUGAGAGAUUAUAUUCAGUAUUGGUAUUACACUCUGAGUGAGGAUGAGUCUUUCCUGCUGGAAAUCAGACAGACUGUCCAGAACGCUUUGGUCCAGUUCUCUACACGGUCUAAAGAGGUGGACUGGCAGCCUUAUUUCACCACCAGACUGGUGGAUGACUUCGCUACUCACCUCCGAGUCUUCAGAAAGGCCCAGGACAGACUGGAGCGCAGGGAUGACAAUAAACAGAGGGACUUGUCGGAGGAGAUGGUGGAGUCAUUCUUUGAGGCGGAGGUAGAGAUGGAGAGGAGCGUCUGCAGAGACGUGGUCUGCACCUCCCUGAAGGAUGAAGAAGGGUUCCUGAGGGACUUGUGUGAGGUGCUGCUCUACCUUUUACUACCUCCUGGAGACUUCCACAACAAGAACAUGAGAUACUUCCUCAGGGAGAUUCUGGCGCGAGGCGUUCUCCUUCCUCUGGUCAACCAGCUGAGUGAUCCUGAUUACAUCAACCAGUUUGUUAUCUGGAUGAUCCGGGACUCUAGCUGUAACUACGAGGCGUUUAUGAACAUCUUGAAGCUGACAGACAAAGUGUCUGAGCUGGAGGCUGUUAAAGACAAGGCCCUGGAGGAACUACAGUACCUACGAUCACUGGACACCGCAGGAGAUGAUAUCAAUGUUAUAAAGAAUCAGAUCAACAGUCUGUUGUUUGUGAAGAAGGUCUGUGAGACCAGGAUACAGAGGCUACAGUCAGGGAAGGAAGUGGAUACUCUAAAACUAGCAGCUAAUUUCGACAAGCUGUGCAUCAUACCACUGGAACACAUCCUUGUUCACAACAUCGCCUUGCAAUUCUUUAUGGACUACAUGCAGGCGGCUGGGGCCCAGGCAGAGCUGUUCUUCUGGCUGACAGUGGAGGGCUACAGAGUAACAGCCCAGCAACAACUAGAGGUGAUGGAGGGAUGGCAGAAGGAUGGAAAGAAGGGAGGUUCCACUCAAGGACUGCUGAAGGCUGCAGCAUUAGGGGUCUAUGAACAGUACCUGUCUGAUAAGGCGUCCCCCAGGGUGCAAGUAGAUGAGGUGUCUGUAGUCAAACUAAGAGAGAAGCUACAGAAGGAAGGAGACCCCACGCCAGAGAUAUUCGACGAGAUCCAGAGAAAAGUGUAUGACAUGAUGCUUCGUGAUGAGAGGUACUACCCGUCGUUCAGACAGAGUCCCCUCUACAUCAGGAUGUUAGCUGAACUGGACAUGCUCAAAGAACCGUCUUAUAGAGGAUCAGAUGACGGAGAUGGAGAAUCGUUCAACGGUUCUCCAACAGGAAGCAUUAAUCUAUCCCUGGAUGACCUUUCGAAUUCCUGCCAUGACGACAAUAUACAGCUACACGCCUUCAUCUCUGACACAGUAGCUGAUGCUUGUCUCCCCGGGGCUGGGUUGGGUAUGGGGUUGGGGCUGCUGGGUGCUACAGGGGUGUGUAAUGACCACGGCAAGACCUACGCCCUCUACGCCAUCACCGUGUGCCGCCGUAACCACGACGGCAGCGAGGACUCCUGGAAAACCUACCGCCGCUACUCCGACUUCCACGACUUCCACAUGAGGAUCACGGAGCAGGUAAAGUUUGAGAACUUGAUGUCGAUCCUGAAGCUGCCAGGGAAGAAGACGUUCAACAACAUGGACAGAGACUUCCUGGAGAAGAGGAAAAAAGAUCUCAACGCAUACCUACAGCUGCUGCUGAAUCCAGAGAUGAUGAAGGCCUAUCCUACUCUGGUUCACUAUGUCUAUGACUUCCUGGAGAAUAAGCAAUACAGCAAGGGCAAGGGAGACUUCGCACGCAAGAUGGAUACGUUUGUGAACCCACUGCGUAGCUCGAUGCGUAACGUGUCCAACGCAGUGAAGAGACUACCAGAUAGUCUGGCUGAAGGGAUGAACACUGCUGCUGAUAACAUGGGACGCAUGUCAGAGAAACUGGGCCAGGACAUCAAACAGUCCAUGUUCAAGGUGCCUCCACUGCUCCCCAAGUCUAACGUUGACCCAGAGCACUGCCGAGUCUCAGCCCAGCUGGACGACAACGUGUGUGUUUUCCAGGUGGAUGAUAACAUCCCCCUGCGUGUGAUGCUGCUGCUGAUGGAUGAGGUGUUUGACCUGAAGGAGAGGAACCAGUGGCUUCGCAGGAACAUCAAGAACCUUCUGCAGCAACUCAUCAGAGCCACAUACGGAGACACUAUCAACAGGAAGAUCGUUGAUCAUGUGGACUUCAUGACAGCUCCAGAACAGGUGGCAGACUACGUCAAGAAGUUCAGGGAUUCAUACUGGCCCAACGGAAUCCUAGCAGAGUCUCCACCCCGCCGGGACAAGAACAUCCGCAUGAGGACACGGGUCGCCGCCAAGACCAACCUAUUGGGAAUCAUGCCAGAUGAGUUGAAGCACAUCAUAGGGGCGGAUACGACUCGUAAAGGCAUCCUUCGUGUGUUUGACAUGUUCCAACACGGACCAAUGAAUCGUCGGCUGGUCUACGUGCUCCUAGAAGGAUUCCUGGAGACCAUGUUCCCUCAGUACAAGUUCCCAGAGCUGUUUGUCAAACUGCAUUCCCGUUCGCCGCGCACGGCCAGAUAUACACAGAAACUCAAGAGCACCUCCCUGAAGAGGUGACAGGAGACUGGGAUUGGGCAGGGUACUUGGUGACACACACUCGCUCACACGCCGUGAGAGAACAGAGGGAGGAGGGGAGUAGUGGGGAGGGUGUGUAUGUGUGCUGGUGAGAAGAGGUGUGCGUGUCCUUCUUUCUAUGUCAAGAGGUGCUUUUUGGGCCAUCCGAGCACUUAACUCUUCCCUCCUCUCCCCUACAUGCCUCUCACACUCUCCUCUACUCACUCACACACACACCCUCCUGUGCACACUUUAGAGACCGCAUUUGUGUUUUAUUUUAUUUUUGUACUUUUUACUUCCUACUAAACUAUUUUAUUGUAGAUGUGUGGUCAGACUGACAGCUGCUCUGAUAUACACAGCAGCUGAUCUCCGUUACUGAUACCAGAGAGCAGAGCUAUGUAUAGAGAAAUACAUGGGUCGUUCCAUGUAAUGAGCCCCUUUUGGGUAGUGUUUCCCAAACUCGGUCCUGGGUUCACAAUUAGUUUUUUUUGCCCUAGCACUACA